AUGAAAAAUAAUUCUAACAAGGUGGUUUCUGUAAGAGUGGUCCCCAGCAAUCCCCAUACGAUAAUUAACAGUCAAUCCCAAAAGAGGAUCCAUCCACGUACCUCCACGGAUUUCGAUGUUACCAUUAAGCCCGUGUCUCAAGGAGAUUUUAGUGGAAUUUUAAAUAUUCAAGUUGACGAAAAGCCAUUCGACUCCAUUACACUGAAAGGCAUCGUUGAACUACCACAUCUAGACUUGAACCCAAGGGAAAUUAAUUUGAAAUGGAUUAAUGGAGGUAGUGGUAUAGUAUCCACCGACGGCUUGCGAGAUUUUGUUAGACUGAGAAAUCAUUUGAACGUACCAAUGACGUUUAAAUGGAACACAGAGAGUGUAAAUGAAGGGUUUGAGAUCUACCCAGAAUCUGGUACUUUAAUGGCAAAUACUAAUCAGGAUUGCGAGGUUUCCUACAAGUUCUUGUUAAAAUGUGGAAAACUUCCCACGAAAAAGGCUCUUUUUGUAUUGUCAACAUGUGUUGAAGGCCCAAUCUCUAUAAAGGGAAUUCCAAGCCAACUUGAAGUUCAAAUUCGUCUUCCACAGCCAAAGCUAAUCACCUCUUCAAAACGAAUCAAAUUAGGGGAUGUGCCUUGGGGUCUUGAUGUGCAAAAGUACAUUAGUCUUAAGAAUGUUGGAAAUGGUCCCGCUUUUGUGAAAAUUUGUGCGAUUGGUGAAUUGAACUCUGUGCAAUUGACUUUUGGAAACACACCAGUGGAAAUUAGAAGUCAGGAAGAAGCUAGUUUUGAGAUUACUGUCAACAGCCGAAAUACGGGCUACUUCCAAGUGCCUAUUUCAAUAAAGCAUGCUGACAAAGAAGUUAUGCAAAUGCUAGUUCAGGGAAAUUGUGUCUUUCCAAACGUAGAUAUCUUCCCAGAAACAAUUCAUUUCACACUUGAUAAUUGUGAGGAAAAAUCAGGUGGGAAUGGGAUUCCCACUGGAGAAAAGGCAUUCGCCAAAGUUACAGCCUUCCGUUACGACUUUUAUCCCCAUCUAAUCAUUAACGGAAGGAAGAUUGAACAGAGAUUUUGCAGGAUUUCGGAAAUUGCUAUUCCACCACUAGUUAAUAUCUACCCUAGGAAGAUUAUUUUUAAUAUUUAUCAAAUGUCAAAUAAUGCGACGGGAAUACUGACACAGGUAAAGUUCGAAAUUUGUGUGCCAUUUUUUUGCGGAAAGAUCUAG